UUUCCUUAAAAUAAAAUCAACGUGGAAAAGCAUAGUACCCAAGUUGUCAGUCAUAAGCCACCCCAAAAUCCUUUCUUCCCAUUUCAUGGGUAUUCCUCUAGAUUACAAGGAAAUAUUUUCUUUUUAAUUUUGUAAUUAACUCCAAAUAUUAUAUCCAAACCAGAUAGAUACAGAAAGAGGGCUUAUACUGGAAGAAAGAUGGAAGUUGAUGGCGGCAGAAGUGGCGGUGCUACGGUGGUUGGAGGCGGAGGAGGGUGUUGCUCCGGGAAGAUUAAAAAAGAGAGAAUUUAUAAAGGAAUAAGGAUGAGAAAGUGGGGAAAAUGGGUUGCUGAAAUUAGAGAGCCCAAUAAGCGGUCCAGAAUAUGGUUGGGCUCGUAUUCAACGCCGGUGGCGGCGGCCCGAGCUUAUGAUACGGCUGUUUACUAUCUUCGCGGCCCUUCGGCCCGGUUGAAUUUCCCUGAACUAUUAGUUGGAGAUGGUGGGCUUAGUGAUUUGUCUGCUGCUUCUAUUCGUAAGAAAGCUGUAGAAGUUGGUGCUAGAGUUGACGCUAUUCAAAACUCUCUGGCUAUACAUAAACACGACCAUGACCAUGACCAGCAACGACCACGCGAAUCUAGAAACCAUUGUUGUGAAAAUGGAAGCCCGGCCCAAUUAAAGCCGGGCUGGUUUCAGGAGAAGCCCGAUUUAAAUGUGAAGCCCGAGCCCGAAGACCCAGAACUUGAAUACUGGUAAGAACAGAAGUACCGGGUAAUCUCAAACUCAAAAAUAUGGUAGCUUAGGAAUGUUUUAUUCUCUGAAUUAUCAUCUCUUCUUUUCUUAAUUUUAAAAAUGUUGAACCUAAUCUGAGUACAACAAUACUGAUGUUGUAACAUGCAAAAGGAAUUAAUGUAAAUAUGUCUGUUAAUGCAAUUCUAGCCUCUUUUCCUUUGCGGAUAAAGCUAUUCGAUAUAUGUGUUUGUGGACAGUAAUAUGAUCACAAAUUGGCUUA